AUGGCAAUGCCAGAGAUGACUAGAGAUAGUGUAUGUAGAGCCAUAUGGAGUUUUAGCCUCCAUUUGCUAACUAGCCGUUGGUUCAUGACAUUUUCUUCUCUGAUGAUACUAUCAAUGGCUGGUGCAACUUUCAUAUUUGGCCUAUAUUCAGGGGAAAUAAAAUCCUCAUUAGGUUAUGAUCAAACAACACUAAACUUGAUUAGCUUUUUCAAGGAUUUGGGUGGUAAUUUAGCCAUAAUUUCUGGUCUAAUUAUGGAAAUUAUACCACCUCGGGCAGUUCUUGCUAUAGGUGCAAUCUUGAACGUUUUUGGUUAUUUCAUGAUAUGGCUGGCUGUAACGGGGCGAAUUUCGAAACCUCAUGUUUGGCAAAUGUGUUUGUAUAUAUGCAUUGGUGCAAAUUCUCAGUCAUUUGCAAAUACUGGUGCAACUGUUACUUGUGUCAAGAAUUUCCCUAAUAGUCGAGGCAUCGUGUUAGGCCUAUUAAAAGGUGCAGUUGGCCUAAGUGGUGCGAUUAUGACACAAUUGUACCUUGCUUUUUAUGGAGAUAAUGGUAAGUCUUUGAUCUUACUCAUUUCUUGGUUCCCCGUCCUUGUAUCGUUCUUUUUUCUUCCUGCAAUUCGGAUUAUGAAGGUCACUCGACAAGAAAAUGAGGUCAAAAUGUUAUAUAAUCUUCUCUAUUUUUCACUUGGACUUGCUGGAUUUCUCUUGAUUAUGAUCAUCAUCCAAAGAAAGCUUACUUUUGACAGGGCUGAGUAUUCUUUAAGUGGUGCUGUUGUUCUGGUUUUAAUAUUCUCACCACUAGUUUUAAUCAUUAGAGAAGAAGUUAAUCUUUGGAAAAGCAAAAGACAAGUUGCUACUAAUUUUUCACAAUUGAAUGUAUCCAUUCAAAUGGAAAAUAUCCCUUCAUCAGCUGAGCCUGAAUCAACAACAAAUUGGAAAUCAUGCUUUAAAAACGCGUUUAAGCCACCAAAGAGAGGUGAAGAUCACACAAUUUUACAAGCACUCUUUAACAUUGACAUGUUAAUUCUAUUUGUAGUUACUACAUUUGGGGUUGGAGGGACAUUGACCGCGAUCGAUAACUUAGGUCAAAUUGGUAAAUCCUAUGCCAUUAAUUUUGGCUAUAAUUUCUGA